AUGGAGAUUCACAUCCCAUACGCUAUCUUCUUCGCCAUCUCUUUCUUCUUCCUUGUAAUACUAAAACGAUCAUUAACCUCCAAGAAAUCAAUCGAAACCCUACCCCCAGGGUCAUCCAAAUUACCUAUUGUCGGAAACUUACACCAACUUGUUGGAUCACUACCUCAUCAUGCCAUGAGAGACUUAGCCAACAAGUAUGGAUCCUUCAUUCACCUUCAACUUGGGGAGCUGUCCCAUGUCGUUGUCUCUUCCGCAGAAAUUGCCAGAGAGAUCUUGAAGACCCAUGACACAACCUUCGCUAAUCGACCUGCUCUUGUUGCCACCACACUCAUUUCCAGUAACACAGACAUAGCCUUUUCUCCUUAUGGAAACUAUUGGAGGCAACUUCGAAAGAUUUGA